AUGCGUGACUUCCUCUCCUUAACGGCCCUAGCAGCCGUCUUGGCUACGGCCUCUGCUGCUGCCAUUCCUUCAUCUUCCGCGGCAGAGGCAUCCAAGACCUCUGUCUCAAACUUAGCCAGCGGCACCUGCUCCGGCCCCACCAAAAGCAGCCCCUCAACCUACUGGCUCGCCUCGCAAGACCACAAAGGCUCAGCCCGCGGCUACGCCCCCAACGUCGACAACGCGAACUACCCUGUCUGGCGCAACGUGCAGACAGACUACAACGCGAACGGCGACGGAACGGGCGACCAGACAGCCAGUCUCCAGAAAGCGAUCAACGACGACGGCAGCGACGGCAGCCGCAAAAGUAACGGUGUCACGCGCUACCCGGCAGAGGUGUAUCUCCCCGGGGGUACGUACCAGCUGGGCAGUACGCUGGAACUGCGCGUGGGGACCGUCAUUACGGGUGAUCCGUUGGAUUUGCCGGUGUUGAAGGCUGCGGAGGGUUUCGAUGGGAGUGUCCUGGUGAAGGGAUAUGAUGAGGGGAAUGGGAACCCGGAGACGAGUUUCAUGACGCUCAUGCGGAAUGUCAAGUUGGAUUUGACGGCGCUAGGUGGAGAUGUUGAUAUCACGGCGCUGCAGUGGGGUGUUGCGCAGGGUGCGGGCUUGACGAAUGUGAAGAUUGAAAUGCCGGAGAACUCGAGUGGACAUACGGGUAUUGAUAUUAAGGCCGGGUCGACGAUUGCUGUGACCGAUGUGGAAAUCAUCGGCGGCGCUACCGGCAUCAGAAACUCCAACCAACAGGUAAACUUCAAGAAUAUCUCGUUCAAGGGCUGCACGACUGCCUUCGAGGCCGCGGGCGGCCACACAGCGCUACUGCAAGGGGUCACCUUUGACACUUGCGGCACUGGCGUCGACAUGACGGGCAACGGAUUGGGUAGUCUGGUGCUGCUGGACUCGGAAUCGAUCAACUCGGGCACGGUGGUCAAGUUCUACGACUCGUCCAACGACGGAGGCAAGCGCAACAGUCAGGUCCUGAUCCAGAACCUCUCGCACGAUAACGACAACGACAUUGCCGUCGACAGCAAUGGUAAGGUGCAGCUCAAGGCCACGAAGAAGGUCGACACCUGGGUCUGGGGCAAUGUCACCCCCGGCCAGUAUGAAACCGGCACCAGCUUCAGCACCUCCCGUCCUGAUGUGCUGCUGGACAACGGCAAGUUCUUCACCAAGAAGCAGCCCACCUACGCGGAGUAUGCAGCCGACCAGAUCGUCAACGUCAAGUCCGUCGACGGUCACACCGUCAAGGGCGACGGGUCCACGGAUGACACCGAGUCUCUGAACGCCAUCCUGGCCGACAAUGCGGCCAACUGCAAGAUCACGUAUUUCCCGUACGGAGUGUACAUUGUCAAGGAUACGUUGGUCAUCCCCACUGGAUCGCGCAUCAUGGGCGAAGCAUGGCCUGUGAUCGCUGGUGCCGGCAAGGCCUUCCAAGAUGCCCAGAACCCGAAGACCGUCGUGCAGCUUGGCCAGCCCGACGAUGUGGGCGUCAUCGAGAUCCAGAACAUGCGAUUCUCGGUCGCCGAGAUCCUUCCUGGAGCCAAGAUCCUCGAGAUUAACGCCGCCGGCAAUCAGCCCGGCGACGUCGGGCUCUGGAACACGAUCGUCACCGUCGGCGGCACGGCCGAGACCUCUGUCUCGAACGACUGCACGGACCAAGACACCUCGAACUGCAUGGCGGCGUUUAUGGUUCUGCACCUGACCAACAGCUCGUCCGCCUACCUCGAGAACUUCUGGGGCUGGACCGCAGACCACAACCUCGACGGCGGACCCACGACCAUCAUCUCGACAGGACGCGGCAUCCUCGUCGAAGCGACCAAGGGCACCUGGCUCACGGGCACCGGAUCGGAGCAUCACUGGCUGUACAACUACAAUUUCCACCAAGCGCAGAACGUCUACGCAGGGUUGCUGCAGACCGAGAGUCCCUACAUGCAAGGGAACGGGGCCGUCAAGCUCGCACCGGCGCCUUGGGCCGCCGAGUCUGCGUACGGCGACCCGGAUUUCUCCUGGUGCGACGAAGGGGACGGCGCGUGCCGCAGCGCGCUGGCCACGAACGUCGAUGGCGGGUCUGACAUCCUGCUCUACAACUCGGCGGCGUGGGCGUUCUUCAACGGCGAAUGGGACGGCAGCUACGGCGAGCAAUGUGACGGGGCGUGCCAGACCAAUAUGAUGCGGGUGACCGGGAAUCCGGCGAACCUGGUCUGGUAUUCAAUCAACACGCGCAAGACGGACGUGAUGGUGUUGGACGGACAGGAUAAUCCGAAGGAAGAGAAUCAUCCGGGCGGAUGGGAGGCGAUCAUCCAGGCAUACCGGCAAUUUGAGAAAAAGCAGUAA